AUGAUCUCUGCAUCUGCCUCCAAUGACACUGCCUUCCACCCUUCCACAUUUAUUCUUCUUGGAAUCCCUGGGAUGCAAGACCAGCAUGUUUGGGUUGCCAUCCCCUUCUGCUCCAUGUAUAUACUUGCUCUGAUUGGCAAUAGUACCAUCCUGUACAUCAUUCUGACAGAAAGAACUCUACAUGAGCCAAUGUACCUCUUCCUGUGUCUACUUUCCAUCACUGAUCUGGUACUCUGUUCGACCACAUUGCCCAAAAUGCUGACUAUCUUUUGGCUUAGGUCCCACAUAAUUUCCUACCAUGGCUGCCUCACCCAGAUGUUUUUUGUUCACACUGUCUUUGCCACCGAGUCUGCUGUUCUGCUGGCCAUGGCUUUUGACCGCUAUGUGGCUAUCUGCCGUCCACUUCAUUAUACAUCCAUCCUCAAUGCCACAGUGAUCGGGAAGAUUGGGCUGGCAUGCGUGGCCCGUGGCCUUCUCUUUGUUUUCCCCUUUAUCAUCCUCAUAGAACGCUUACCUUUCUGCGGACAUCACAUCAUCCCCCACACCUACUGUGAGCACAUGGGCAUUGCCAAGCUGGCCUGUGCCAGCAUCAAGCCCAACACCAUUUAUGGUCUCACUGUGGCACUUUCAGUCACUGGCAUGGAUGUGAUCCUCAUCGCCACUUCGUAUGGCUUGAUCCUGCAGGCUGUGCUGCGUCUACCCUCCAAGGAUGCCCAGUUCCGAGCAUUUAGCACCUGUGGAGCCCACAUUUGUGUGAUUCUAGUCUUCUAUAUCCCUGCCUUUUUUUCUUUUUUCACCCACCGCUUUGGCCACCAAGUACCUCCUCAUGUCCACAUUGUACUUGCAAAUCUCUAUCUCCUAUUGCCCCCUGUUCUCAAUCCCCUGGUCUAUGGCAUUAACACUAAACAGAUCCGCCUGAGACUAUUUAGCUUUUUUACGUGGAGGAGGUAA